AUGAAUUGCAGCUGCUGUUCACAAACUCAAGUUGAAAAUAUUGGUCCUGCUGUGUCUGUACUCGAAGAAAACGUUGAAGAUGGCGAUAUAUUACAAGAAAUUGGAAAUGCUCAGUACACACUGGAGUUUCUUCGUCAAGUUAUUCAACAAUCAACUAGGGUUAUUGAUGAAGCACCUCCAGCCUACGAAGAUUUUGAUAAAUAUCCUAGAUUAAGUAAAUAUCAGACCUCGUUUAAAAACUUAACUCCUGUUAAACCAUGUACACAACAACCUCGACAAUCUUCACAACUUGAUUCUGAUCAGUUUGUGAACUCCUCAACAGUCUCAUGGAUAGAACCAUUUCCGAAACCACAAGGUGACCCACCACCUGCCUUUUUCAACUGGCUUCGUAGUCGAUUUGGUUCUUUACGUCAAAGCAUUAUGAGUCGUUUAUCAAAUCAAAGUAACCAAUUACAAGGCUCUUCGGUCUUCACCAUACAUAGUGAUUCUAAUUCUCCAGUUUUAUCAACUAUCAAUAUUCCUAGACCAUUCAUUCAUCCGGAACCGUCAAACUCAGUGCCCCCUGCACAAUCAUCUGAGGCAGUAGAACCAAAGCCUUUGCAAUUAAAUGAUUCUAAAAUGACACGUUCGUCAUCAUCAUCAUCAUUACAAUCCAGUGCAUCAUCAAUAGUUUGUGCAACUGAUGAACAGACUAUGAUAGGAGUAUCUACUAUAUCAUUAAAUUGUAACAGUAAUCAAAUACCAGAUUCUAGUUGUACAAAUGUACCUCAGAAAACUUUGAUAGUACGUGAUUUUGACAUAGAAGAAACGGAAUCACAAAAUGAUAUCUACGACCCAUUCAUGAAUAAAAUUUUAUUGAUCACAAAGUAUUAUCAACUAUGA